CAACCAGGCAUUCCCAAAUCGAAUAUUCGAGAGGCACCAUCUUCUUCUUCGGACCCGGCGGGAGCUAGAUCUUAUAAAUCCGGAGAUUCUAAACCUUUUCUUUAAAUCGAUCCUUUAAGGACCUUUGGAAUUGGGACCUUUUGAGAUUAAGAUCAUCAAAUCUGUUUAGCUACACUUGUCAUGAAGUUCUUAGAAUACACUCCUCUUGACCGAUUAAAUGAUUUCUUGAGCAAUUUAAACCUUGGGGAACGUCAGAUCAAAGGAACCCUUGAAGCCUACUCUUGUAAACACACAGGGACAGACAAAAGACUAUCUCUCAGUUUGGAGAAUGAGAUCUUGGACUAUCUUGGGAAAUCUUCAGACACUGAUUCCUCUUCACCAGCUGAUUUCCUGUUGAGCAGAUCAAGCCGAAAGACAUUGAUCUACUUGGUGCUUACCCUUUAUCACAUGUAUCCAGAUUAUGACUUCAGGUAUUUCUGUGUUUUAUUGCAUUUGAAGAGAAUUCAUGACUGUUUUAAUUUUAUUGUGGCUCCCUUAUAUCAUAUUGUUGCUUGCAUCAAUGUGGUUUCCAGUGCAGUGAAAGCACACCAGUUCUUCACAGAGGAAAGCUGGGAUACUUUUAAGCAGAUAUUUGACACCUACAUGUUUGAAGCAUCAAAGGAGUGGGUUGAGACUAAUGGGGGCAGUUCCCUCCUAGAAACUGUGUACAAGGCUCUGGAUGAGGUUGUGAAACUAUCAGAUUGUGAAAUUUACAGUUACAAUCCAGAUUAUGAUGCAGACCCCUUUCUGGAGAAUGGAGCAAUUUGGUCAUUCAGCUUCUUCUUCUAUAAUAGAAAACUGAAGCGUGUAGUGGGUUUCCAUUUUUGCUGCUUAAGUAACUUAGUGGCUGAUGGAUUUCACAUGGACAGCUUGAGUUACGAGGAGGAUGGGGAAAUAUUUGAUGACAUGGACUUGUGAAUACUAACAUCCAUGUAGGGUCUGUAUAAUCUCUGUAUGUCAAGAACCUUUGACAUCUGUCUGUAGCUCUAUGCUGUCGUUUCUUACAUACUCACAUAGGCCGAGUACUGAGUAGGUUUAGCUUGUCUAUCUUCCUGUAUGCAUAUAUUUGCUACUCAUGCAGUUACGGAUGCUACUGUUUGUAAAAUGUAUGCAAAGUUAUAGUUUCAUCUGAGAAAGACUGAGACAAUAUAAGUUGCUCAAAGACAUUCUUCUUGUCUGUUUCUUUUAUGAAGGGAAAAUACUGUAUCUCGUAUAUUAUUCCUUUUCCAACUAUGAUCAGGUACUCGAGUUGGUCCUUAAUAAAAGCAGUUGAUGUGU